AUGAGAGUUUCAGCCUACACAGUUAUCCUUUUGUUGUUGUCCCUUUCGCUAGGAGAAUCACAAGAGCAAUGCGGUAGUCAAGCUGGGGAUGCUGUGUGUCCAGGAGGUUUAUGUUGCAGCCAAUAUGGUUACUGUGGAACCUCAGAUGCUUAUUGUUGUGCAGGCUGUCAAAGCCAGUGUCGUAAUUGUUCAGGUGGCGGAGGAAGAGUUGUAGGUGGGGGUGGGGGUGGGGGUAAUGGAUACCUUAGUCAUAUCAUCCCAAAAACACAAGAGCAAUGUGGUAGUCAAGCUGGGGAUGCUGUGUGUCCAGGAGGCUUAUGUUGCAGCCAAUAUGGUUACUGUGGAACCUCGGAUGCUUAUUGUUGUGCAGGCUGUCAAAGCCAGUGUCGUGAUUGUUCGGGUGGCGGUGGCAGAAAAGUUGUAGGUGGGGGUGGGGGUGAUGGAUACCUUAGUCAUAUCAUCCCAAAAUCACAGGAGCAAUGCGGUAGUCAAGCUGGGGAUGCUGUGUGUCCAGGAGGUUUAUGUUGCAGCCAAUAUGGUUACUGUGGAACCUCAGAUGCUUAUUGUUGUGCAGGCUGUCAAAGCCAGUGUCGUAAUUGUUCGGGUGGCGGUGGAAGAGUUGUAGGUGGGGGUGGGGGUGAUGGAUACCUUAGUCAUAUCAUCCCAAAAACACAAGAGCAAUGCGGUAGUCAAGCUGGGGAUGCUGUGUGUCCAGGAGGCUUAUGUUGCAGCCAAUAUGGUUACUGUGGAACCUCAGAUGCUUAUUGUUGUGCAGGCUGUCAAAGCCAGUGUCGUGAUUGUUCGAGUGGCGGUGGCAGAAAAGUUGGAGGUGGGGGUGAUGGACUCUUGAAGUUGAAGGGCAUAAUGUAA